CGAGACACGGAGCGCCCUCCCAUGCCGAGCCGAGCCGAGCCGCGCCGCCGGGCGCCCACCGCUCCCAUGGGGCCGCAGUGGCGGCUACUACCCGCCGUGGCCGCCGUGCUCUGGGGCUUCCUGCUACCGCUGACAGCUGCUCAGGAAGCAAUCCUGCAUGCAUCUGGAAAUGGCAGCACUUUACCAUCUAAAGACUACUGCAUGCUAUAUAACCCUCAUUGGACAGCUCUUCCAAGUACCCUAGAAAAUGCAACUUCCAUUAGUUUAAUGAACCUCACUACCACACCACUGUGCAACCUCUCUGAUAUUCCUUCUACUGGGAUAAAGGACAGAGCAGUUGCGGUGCAGUGGGGAACCUGCCAUUUUCUUGAAAAGGCCAGAAUUGCACAGAGAGGAGGUGCUGAAACGUUGUUGGUUGCCAAUAACAGUGUCCGAUAUCCUCCCUCAGGGAACAAAUCCGAAUUUCAUGAUGUGAGAAUACUGAUUGCAUUUAUAAGCCAUAAAGACUUGAAAGAUAUGAAGCAGACUCUUGGAAAUAACAUUACCGUGAAAAUGUAUUCUCCAUCAUGGCCUAACUUUGACUAUACUAUGGUAGUUAUUUUUGCGAUUGCUGUGUUCACUGUGGCAUUAGGAGGAUACUGGAGUGGACUAACUGAAUUGGAAAACUUGAAAGCAGUGACAGACACUGAAGAUAGAGAAAUGAGGAAAAAGAAGGAAGAAUAUUUAACUUUUAGUCCUCUUACAGUUGUAAUAUUUGUGGUCAUCUGCUGUGUUAUGAUGGUCUUACUUUAUUUCUUCUACAAGUGGUUGGUUUAUGUUAUGAUAGCAAUUUUCUGCAUAGCAUCAGCAACAAGUCUAUACAACUGCCUUGCUGCAUUAAUUCAUAAGAUACCAUAUGGACAAUGCAAGAUUGUGUGUCGUGGCAAAAGCAUUGAAGUAAGACUUGUUUUUCUCUCUGGAUUAUGCAUAGCAAUAGCUGUUGUUUGGGCUGUGUUUCGAAAUGAAGAUAGGUGGGCUUGGAUUUUACAGGAUAUCUUGGGGAUUGCUUUCUGUCUGAAUUUGAUUAAAACACUGAAGUUACCCAACUUCAAGUCAUGUGUGAUACUUCUAGGCCUUCUUCUCCUCUAUGAUGUAUUUUUUGUAUUCAUAACACCAUUCAUCACAAAGAAUGGCGAGAGUAUCAUGGUUGAACUUGCAGCUGGGCCUUUUGGAAAUAAUGAAAAGUUACCAGUAGUCAUCAGGGUACCAAAGCUGAUAUAUUUCUCAGUAAUGAGCGUGUGCCUCAUGCCAGUUUCAAUACUGGGUUUUGGUGACAUUAUUGUACCAGGUCUGUUGGUUGCAUACUGUAGAAGAUUUGAUGUUCAAGCUGGUUCUUCUAUAUACUAUGUUUCCUCCACAAUUGCCUAUGCUGUUGGCAUGAUACUUACAUUCGUUGUCCUGGUUUUGAUGAAAAAGGGACAACCUGCUCUCCUCUACUUAGUACCUUGCACUCUUAUUACUGCCUCAGUUGUUGCAUGGAGACGUAAGGAAAUGAAAAAGUUCUGGAAAGGUAGCAGCUAUCAGAUGAUGAACCAUCUGGACUAUGCCACAAAUGAAGAAAACCAAGUGAUUCCUGGUGAACAGGCCAUCCAACAGUAGUAUUAUGUGGACCCGCAAUAACAUGUCAUUCAUUUUCAACGCAAAGAGUUCAACUUUUAUAAUUUCUGAUUCACAAUCUGAAAGAACCUUCAAUAAUGUGCUUGCAAAUAUAUAUUUUUAUGAACUGGUACUGGCAAAUUACAGCAUAAAUAAUCAAAAUACAUUUGCUUUUGACUAUGUUAUAGUUGUGCCUUCACAUUAAAUAAAAGCAUAUGGUCUAUGUAAUUUUCAACAUAUAUAUACAGUAUAUUUUUCUAAAAAAAAAUUCUUGAUCCACCCUUUAUUAUACUUUUCUGACUGAAAUUGAACUCUAAUGGUAGAUAAAAGUAUUUCUGUCAAAACAAGUUUUUUAACAGAUUUAACUGUUAAAGAAUUAUGUAAAUAUAUCUGCUCUAAAGAAAUAAGCUGUUUAAGAACGUACAGGAAGGCAGUUUCUCUUGUUAUGAAAAUUUGGACCUCUGUAUCUUUGCAGAGCUUAGAAAUAUAUAAUUUGAGAGUUCAAAGUCCUGGUUCUUUUUAAAAUUGAGAACCUAAAUUACUUUGGAUUGCAUAUGUAUUAUAUUAAAAUAUACUUGCAGGUAUAGAGAAACAUAGUACAUAGAACUAGUCAUUAAGAGAACACAAAACCCAAAACGCACAAUUUUCAGUGUUCUGCCAUUUCCUUGAAGAUGUAGCUUAAGUUUCUAUACUCAUGUUCAGUUUCACUGUGGUAUUCCUGAUCUUUGAAAUUAGGCCCUGUUGAUGUCAAGGUUUGGUCUUUUUUUUAAAUUACUUUUUUUUUUUAUCAACUUAGAUAUUAAUACAUGCAACUAAUUGUUUGAGUAUAACAAUUAUCCCUCUGUCAUCUUUUUUUUUCUCACUGUAAUCACUCCUUUCCCUGAAAGUAAUCACUGUUACUCUUUUACUGUAUCAGUGGAAUAUGAUUUACUAAUAUACAAAGUAUGGUUCAGCGGAAAGAAGUGGAGACAAAAGCCAGGAGACUACAUGUUAGUCUGACUUUAAUUACAAUACAUGGAAAAGCUAGAAAUAUUUGUCCUGGCUCAAGAUACUUGAAUCUCUGUUUUCUCAUGUGUAAAAUGAGUAGGUUAGACCAGUUGAUCGCUCUGAUAUCUUUCAACUCAAAAAAUCUUUUCCUCAUUGUUUGCUAAGUCUUAGAUGUGACCCUUAACCUACUCUUAGGAGUUACAGAUCAAAUUAUCUUUCCAUUUAUUUUAUUUUCCUUAAGAAAUUCCCAAAUGACAGGUGACAGCAGGAUUUUUCAUUUCUCUGUAAAUAAUGUACAAAAUAUGUUAACAAAUUACAAUAUUUCAUUUUAAGACUAGUUCAGUGUAUUAAAAGAUAAAGCUAAUGUGUUUCAAAAUGGAUCAAACCUUUAGUGUUUAAACUAAAUUUAGCAUUUGAGAGGGUUAGAUGCUUUGGUUUAGUUGUUAACUUUUGCUAAGUAUAUUGCAGUAGAGAAGCUCCCUUGACAGCCCAUCUUUCUACUCAGUACAUGUUGGGCCCUUAGAGGUUUAUGACAGAUGACUUACGUGACAAGUAAGAGUUAAUCUUGCUUCAUAAUAUCAAGUUGGAAUUUUUUCCAAAGAAUCUAAUUUAUUUUGCAGGCUCCAAUAGGGGAAGAACAGAUUAAAUGCCAUUUUAAAGUUUUAACUAUAUUCACAAUUAUAAUACCAAUAAAAUAUUAGCCAAACUAUAGCAUUUUUAGUAAAAUUACCUUCACUCUCAUCCAAACUUUAUGAUAUUCAAAAGCCUCAACCACCUUUUAUGAAUGAUGUGAAAGAAAAUUACUAGAAUUUUUUUUACUACAUUGAAAGAAGAUAAUUUCUCAAAAUAAUUUGGCUUAUAACUGAAAUAGUGGUUGUUAAUAUUUUAAUUUCUCAAUAUAGGUUUUGCUUCAGAAUAGUAUAUUAUCUAAUACCUAGAAAUCUGAAAAUGUAAGUUCUCUGAUACACAUUCUAUUAUAUCCAGUCAUUAGUUAUCAAGGAGAUAAAAUCUUGUUCUGGUUUACCAUUAAAAUCUUAUUGAAUAAAUAAAAAUGAAAUUCCUUAAAUUUCUCCUCUUCAGUGUUAAAUUUAUAUUGUACUUGAGCAAUCCUUCUAGCAACCUAGAUGAAAAUAGUUAUUUAGGGAAGUUAAAGUCCAGAAAUAUUUUGGGAAUCAAAGUGAAGAAAGGAUAGGAGAGAUGAAAAAAUGUCUUCAAAAGGUGGUAUCAUCUCUUUUUUUCCCUCCCACCUUCUGCCAGUAAUUUUAAGGGGAAGAUAAGUUUGUUUUUUCUUAAACAUGUCCUAAAAAUAAUAAAGCAUAUUAAUACUGUAAAAAAAAAAUCAUUUUUAUUUUUUCUUAGUUACAAAUUACCCAUAAAUGUUCCUGUAGCUUAUCAAAUAGAAAUCAUUAAAUAUUUCAAAUUAGUUUCAGCUAUUUUUUACUUCCAUUUAAUUGAGCAAAGAUCAACAUGUGAGGUUUUGAAGGGGGAAAGACCUUGAUAUUUUAAUACACUUUCUUUUAAUUGCUUCUUAACAGUUGCCUUCAAGUCAGUUCCAACUCAUGUGUCAGAGUAGAACUGUACUCCUUGGGGUUUUGAGUGGCUGAUUUUUCAGAAGUAGAUCACCAGGCCUUCUGAGGCACCUCUGGGUAGACCUUUUGAUUCGCCCAUAACCUUUUGGUUAGCAGCCAAGCACAUUAACUGCCUGCACCACCCAGGGACUCCAUAUUUUCUUCUAGCUUGUAUAAAAAAAAAUUUUUUUUUAUUAACCCACCAACCCAGUGCUAUUGAGUUUUUUUUUUAUUAGCAAUUCCUUUGUAGUGAAAUCUACAAUUUAUUUCUCUUUUGAAGGAAGAAACUUCUAACCCAUCUGCUGCUGAGAUUCAUGGAUUUUAUUUUAGUUACAUGUCCAUAGAAAUUUGGGUGAAAUGAUAAAUUUAUAGUAAAUAUAAGUGAGCUUUCCAGUUUUCCUUUGCUCUUUCAAUUUCUGCCUUAGUUGUUAGCAAAAGCUAUUUUGAUAUUUGACUAAAAAAUACUUGCAGUAAUUUUUUAAGUAUGGACUCUAAAAUUCCAUCCUGAUCUCAGCCAGUGAGAUUUCAAAAACACAGGAGGUGCAUUUUAGUGUAGUGGAAUAUACUGAUUUGAUUGAAAGGUUUUCUAUUUCCCCAUUAACAAGGAAAGAGCUUGGAUUUAUUCAAGGUGAUGCCAAGUAACCAGUUCUACAGUUUAAAAAUUUUUUUCAGUCCCCUGUUUUCCUCAGAAAGGAACACUGGUAGCACAAUGGUUAAGUGCUCGGUUGCUAACUGAAAGGUCAGCUGUUCGAACCCACCUGCCGCUCUGCGUGAGAAAGAUGUGGUAGUCUGCUUCUGGAAGGAUUUACAGCCUUGGAAACCCUGUGGGGCAGUACUGUUCUGUUCCAUAGAAUCACUAUGGUUGGAAACAACUCAACAGCAACAGGUUUGUUUGUUAUUGUUUUGCUUUUAUUUACCUCAGAGGAUAAUUCUAAAGGGAGUUGGGAGAGGAUAAUGAAAAUAAAAUCAAAGUACUAACUAUAAAUUGCUUUAUGCUUCCUGGGAAGAAGAUAGUUUGUAAAUUCAAGAGAUCUGAAUCAAAUUACUCAACCUUUUGGAAUUCGAUCCUCUACUUUAGUACUCAUGUCCUAUCUAGAUCACUGAAUUUACGGAGUAAGAAAUUAACUAACAGGAUAUACAGGCCAUUUACUAGUGAAGACCAUAAAUGUAAGUUUCCUUAUAUGAUGUUUCCAUGCUUUAGGACAGUCUUUGUAUCCUAUAAAGAUGUUCACUGACGAAGAAUUACUUUUAAAGCUAAAUUUUUAGCAUGUUCCUUCAUUAUUGGCAGUUACUGGGCAACUGAUGGGAAAAAAAUGUAGAAAAUGUUAAUAUCAUCGUGUGGUUCUUUGGUUAGAGAAAAACUAUUGUAAACAACUUUUCCAUUUCUUUGGAUAUGGAUUUCUUCUUUUUUUUUUUAAAAAAAAUAUCUGAAGCUUAUCUGGCUAACCUGCAGUCAAACAAGUCAAUGUAAAUUAGGUAGUUUUUGCAUAUUUUAUACCUUCUUUUGUGCUUUGUUCAAAUGAAAACCUUUUUUAAAUACAUACGAUUGUAUUUUUACUUCUUAGAUGAUUGAUUUGAGUGUGCGGUUCUUUUUUAACACUUUGAUAUGUAAGUUAGUGUAAAUUAAUACUUUCAUAACACUACCAGGGUUUGUUUUUUUAUGGAAAAUGAUUUAAAACUUUUAAAUUUUGAAGUGUUAAUUUAGUAGUGCUUUAAAACUGUUUUUAUUAUGUGCCAAUACUGACAGAAAAGACAGGUUUUAAUGUAUUGAAUUCAUUUUUGUAUUCAAUAAAUUCUAUUUUAAAAAUAAAA